CCACUUUCUACUACGCACUUUCACACACUCACGCACUCCAAUUGCGUAAAAAGCCAAAUGCGCAGCAAGCUGCACUGCCACGCCCCUUCCAAAAACGCCCACUGCUCCGCCAAAAAACAGAGAGAGAGAGUGAGUGAAGGAGCAGACAGAGAGAGCGGGAUGCUGUGCGUAUGCGUGUUUUUGACACUUCCUUGUGCAUUUUAGGGAUACACACAAUGUGCGUGUGCUGUGAAAUCAAGUGAAAGGCCAAAACCAUCAACUAACUGAAUUAAAAUAUUGAAAAACUUUAAGAAUUGAGCGAAAAAAACCAGUUAAAAAAGAUAGGCAAGAAGCUGAACGGAAGCCAACGCUAGAGGGCGCCACAGCAGGCGUGUGUGUGUGUGAAGGAAUUUCCUGAAAGGACAAUAGGAAGAGAGAAGUCGGGGAGGAGAGAGAGAGCGAGCACAAACAAAAGGAGAAGUCCCGUGUGCGAGCAAGAUGGACAGCUCGCCGGAUCUGUCGCUCAAAUUGCGACGCGGUUCCAGCGAUUCGCGUGAUAACUUCUACAUGGAUUUUGCCCAGGGCAUCGACUCCGACAUCGAGGAGGUGGACAACACGGCCAACAAUCAGGAGGCCGGCGAGGUUCCACCGCCGCCGCUGCCCACAGUUUCGCUGGCCGAGGAGGUACUGCUCCUGGUGGCGCCACCGCCGCCGCCUCCCUCUUUACUGGGUCAGCCGCUGCCCACGCUAACGGAAACGGAUGAUAUACCGCCCACACCCACACCGCCACCACAGCAAAAGGACGAUGAGGGGGACGAUGAGGAGGAGCGGGAGGAGCCCGAUCCGGAGCAGGAUCAGGGAGCCCGAGCAGUGCCAUCGCCACCGGGUUCACCCAUUAAUUCGGUCCUUGAACUGGAGCUGAUACCACCACCACCAUUAUCGCCCAUGGAGGAUGCCGGCGUUCGCACCGAUGACGAUGGCGAAGGCGAGGAAACCGAUGAUGCCGAGGAGGUGGCGGCCAUUCCGCCGCCACACGAAAUGCUGGACAUUGAAAGCAAUCCCGAUGAGGAGGAGGUGGAGGAGGAGCAGGAGCAGGCUUCCCAGGAAGACACUCCCAAGGAAGAAGACGAAGAGGAGGACGACGACAAGUCCACGCCACCGCCACCACUGCCACCGCUUCCCUCAAAUUUCUCCUACGUGCAGGGCCACAAUCUCGGCCAGGUGACCCCGCCCCUGACCAAGUCGCCAUCCACCUCCCCCUCACCGCCCGUGACACCGCCGCCCUGCCCGGAACUCAACAUCAGUCGGAUGGUAUCGCCGCCUGCCCAGCACAUCAGUCAGAUACCACCGCUCACGCCCUCCGACGAGAGCGAGGGCGAGGCGGAGUCCCAGCCGAACUCACCGCCACCCAGACUGGAGGCGGAGCAGCCACCACCCGACAUGGAUCAACAGGAGCCCGAGGAUCCUGAGCUACCUGAGCCGGAAAACGAACCCGAACCCGAACCGGAACCCGAACCCGUGAGCGGAGCUCGGGAGGACUAUAGCCGUUCGCUGGACAACGAGGAUGAGUCCACCACCAUAACCACACCGCCCAGCAACGGUUAUUCAGCCUCCUCCAUCAUUGCUCCGCCUCCAGAGCAUUUUGCGGAACUAGACGAGGACAGGGGCUUCAUUCCACCACCACCCUUGGAGCAGGAGCCCGAGGAGGAGGAGGAGGAAGAGGAGGAAGAGCUGACCAAGGGGACGGACGAGAUCUCCGUGGACAGGGAAUCGCUGCAGGAUCAGGGCGGCGACAGCAUCAGUUCGCCGCGGCCCGCCAGCAUCUUGACUGGAUCCAUUUCCACAUCGGUUGGCGGCGGCGGAGCAGGUGGCUCACCGAAGCUCGAGAGUCGCGGACCAAGUCGCAGUGGCAGCCAGCGAUCGCAGCUGAGAUCUGGAUCGCAGCAGGGAUCGAUUGCAGGAUCUCGCGGUGGCUCUCGCAUCGGAUCGCGCACAGGAUCCGUGGCCUCCGCCCAGGCGGCAGGCGUUCUCUCCCCGCAGGCCUCGCUCAAGUCGCAGACAUCCAUUCGCUCGCAGGGACAGGCAUGCGUCCGCAGUCCAGCCGGGUCCAUCAAGUCCGGAUCGCAGCGCGUGCAGAGUCCACAGGCCGGAGAGGGUGCCCCGGCGAUGCCGUCGCCGCCGCUAAUGAGGAGUCCGCCGCCGGAACUGGCCCGCCAGAUGCACAGUCCGCCAAGGAUAACGACGCCGCCAAGGGUCUGCAGUCCGCCGCUGGUCAGCAGCCCACCCAAGCUGGCCGAGUCCGCUGCCGCUGCCGUGGGAGUCGCAGCCGCCGUCAAGGAGCAGAUCGGCUCUAGUAGCUCCACCGCCGAACCGCUGGAGCCAUCGAAGCCAGAGCCGCUGAAGCCACCAAUAGCCACCGUGAGCUACCAGGAUGAACAGAAGCCACCACCACCAGCUGUUGCUGUUGCUGCUGCUGCUGCUCCAGCGGCAACCACGGCGGUCACCAGUCAGCCGAGGUCGCACUUCACGAGCAGCCACCAUCACUACCACUUGCCGCACCAGUUCCAGCAUCCGCACCACCAGAACCACCACACCCACAGUGUCAGGGUGCCCACGCCGACGGUGCCCAGCAGCUAUGCCCCACCGCCGCCGCCGCCCGACAGCGGGAGCAGCAGUUCGCCCGCGGACCGCCGGCGACUGUUCAUGGCAGGAGUGGCUCCGCCGAUCGCCGCCGGCGCUGGCUCCAUGAUGGCCAUGCCAGCCGAGCCAGUGGUGGCCAUAUCGCCGGGUAGGGUCUCAGCUCGGUCGGGUUCGCAGCACCACGUGACCAUCGACGAGUCCAGUCUGCCCAGCCACAAGGGCAACAUCCAGGAGACGCCGGGACCCAGUGGCCUGAUCAUUGGCGGCGGCGAUGGUGAAGGCGAUCGUGACAUUGGAGGCGGCGGUGGCGGUGGACCAGACAGCUCGGAUCCGCCCUCCUCGCCCGGCGGCAGCAGCUCCCAGCCGGCGCUCAGCGGCAGCCAGGCGGACGGACAGCUGGCGCUGAUGUACCACUCGCACCAGCUGACCAACUACCCAGUGCUGCCCGCCAUCAAGCGCACGCACCGGCCAUCCUUCGUCUAUCCGCCGAUGCCAAGGGUUAAAGCCGGCGAUGCACUGGCCACUCUGUUCUCCGCACUCUACGGCAAACUAUUGGUCGUCAUGGGCAUAGCAUUUCCCAUGGCCGAGGUUAUUUCCACCUACAUCCCACCCUCUUUCUAUGAGGUGUACUAUUUGUACUUGUACAUUGGCAGCAUGAUAUUCCUGCUCUUCAUGUACGCCACUUUGAUAUGGGGACGUCCCAAGUUGCCGGUUCCGAUUGCAACAUCGCCGAAUAAAUCGGCAACGAAGGCGAGCGGUACGGACAGCAUGGACGAGUCGGAUACGGACAGCAACUCAGUGCACCACCGACUUCCGCCGCCGAUUCCCGUGCGACGACCAUCGCUUCUCUCGCCACUCGGACGCCGGGAUGCCCACUACGGGAGCUUCUAUCUGCGCAUGGGCGCCGUGGCCUUUGGAAUUGGCAGCAUGAUCUACUCGGGCCUGGAGUUUGGGCAGUACUUCGAGCUCAACCCGGACACCAAGUGCCACAACGUGCUGCUGGCCUUGACUCCGGCCACCCGGAUGGCCUUCAUCUUCAUUCAGAUGUACUUCAUCUUCCUGAACAACGAGCAGAUCAAGGUGUAUCGCUACAAGAUCAUUGCACGCUUCGGUUUAAUGCACAUGAUUGGCACGAACCUGGCCGUUUGGCUGAAUGUCCUGAUCCAAGAGACGAAGCACGAGAUUUUGACGUUCUACAAUCCGGAGAAUCGCACGCUGAGGAUUUCGCACCGAAUACCAGGACACUCCAGAGGUCAUGCCAUAAUCCAGCACGAUCCGACGGCCCAUCUGCGAGUGCCGCGCGGCUUGAAGGGACCUUACCAGAUCUUUGAGUGCCGGCGAACGAACAUCAUCGGUACAUUGGUGCAGGACGCCUCGCCCUUUCUGUUUCCCUGCACCAUCGAGUACUCGCUGAUCUGCGCGGCCAUAUUGUACGUGAUGUGGAGGAGCAUCUCCAGGCCGCAAACACCGACGCCCCAGCGUCCGGAUAUGAUCAGCUCGCCGAUGAAGCGAUCACCGCACCACUAUUCCGUGGACUGUGCCCGUGCCCACAAGGGAUUGUUUGUGGGCAUACUCAUCCUGGUGCUAACCAUCAUAUCGCUGAUCAUCUUCUUUGUGCUGAUCUCACGGCCGGAGUUCGUGGCCAUGGCCGUAACGGAGGUGACCAUUUGCGAGCUGCUCAUCUAUGGCACGGCCACGAUAGCCACUUUGGUGGGCAUGAUACAGAUCCGUCAUCUGCAGUACGAUGCCUACAGAAGUUUCUCGCUGGAUGACAUCCUGCUGGUGGGUGCGCAGACCGGCUCGUUUCUGUACAACAUCUUUACGGUCAUCGCCGGGCAUUUCACCCUGCGCAGUGAUGACAUGUUGGUGCCCAUCAACGCCCUGGCCUCCAUUGUGCAAACCGCCUGCCAGACCAUGUUCAUUUUGGAUGCCAGCCGGCGGCAGGCCGUCAGUCCGGAGCACUUGCGCAAGAAGCCAGGCCGCGAGAUUGUCACCUUCAUGCUGGUCGUCAAUCUGGCCAUGUGGGCCAUCAGCACGCUGGAGAAGUCACGCGCGGAAUCGCAUCCCAUUCAACUGAACUUCUACGGCUUGUGGGCAUGGACGAUUAUCACGCAUGUGUCGAUGCCGCUGGCCAUAUUCUAUCGAUUCCAUUCGACAGUCUGCCUGUGCGAGAUCUGGAAGAGGGCCUACAAGCUGAAGCCCACGUAUAUGUGAGAAUUCGCCCGCUCGCGCAUCCAGAGCAUUGCGCAGCAGCAGCAAUUCUGCGAGGAUCUCAAGACGAACCUGUCCUACUGCUACUGCUCCACUACGCUGGCUGGCGGCGAGCUGGAGACCGUCGAGGAGGUGGAUAGCGGCGAGUGUAAUUCGGCAGAGGAUGCCGCGGCCGGAUCGGGAGGAUCGGGUGGAUCAGGCGGAUCGGGCGGAUCCCGAGGAGGUGCUGGAGGUGCCGCCGAAGCGGGAGAGGCCGGUGGAGAGGGGCAACAGGGCGGCGACAGCAGCUGUGGACUCAAGGUACCCAACCGGGCACUGUCGCCGCAAUCCCUCAAUACGGAGAAGGCCUUCUGUCCGGUAUACGUGAUCAACGGCGAAUGAGUUUACGCGCACUUUGAGUUCAUCGACGCGAUCAGCGGGCAUGAGCUCAGCUUUGUCUAGGACUUGCAUCUGCUGGACACGAAAUCAAACCAAACCAAACGAAAUCAAACCACACCACACCACUUCACACCACCAUUACCAAUCCACCCACCAACGAACAACCAAAAACCAUACAACUAGGCACCCAUCUUCGAGAACCACCAAGAGCAACAACAUUUGACCAAGCGGAUGCAAGCGUUGAGAGCCAAAAACAUAUCCUAAAAGGAAAGAGGAGAAGAGGAAAACAUUAGGAGGACAUGGGAGUACGAAGGGUCUCAAGCAAUGGAAAAUCAAAAAGUUAGGCACAAGCUAUGAUAAAAACAAUGGGUUAAUCUUAGGAUAUGCAGCAAGGAUAAGUCAAUGUUGAAAUUGCAAGCAAUGCCACUAGGGCGUAUACGCAAUAAAUUCCCAAGCAAUUGUCACUAGUGCGUAUACGCAAUAUCUUAAAUGGUUUAGUCUCGUAAUGUUCACCUAAAACCCCAUUGGCUCUAAAAGAAAAAAGAAGGGAAAGGAAGUUUAAGGGAUACAUAUGCAGAUUUUAGCAUUAACCAAAAUGUUGUAUGCGAUUUGAAGGGCCGUAUUUUGGGAUCUCUGGUAGCAAGUGAGCGCAAUGAGUAGUAUUGUAGGCAAAACAGAAAAAACAACGUAACCGUAGAUGAAUUCAUGUUUAUCCCACACACAUACAGCCGCAAGUUCUACGGAAAUAUCAAGUUUGAUAAAUGUUGCAAGAAACUGGACAACAUUUUAUAUAUUUAUAUAUAGCAACUGACUGAGGAUCAGCGAAAACGGGUUGUGAACCAACCGCACUACGAGGUAUGCCGCCAAACUAACGAUCAACCAAAAAUAUAGAGAGCAGUAUACCAAAUAUGUACGAGUAUAACCGAAAACAGCGAGUUCUAUCACAGAUAUUUACAAUGAUUAUUAAUCGGCGUUCCAAAGCAAACUGCAUAUAUUUCAGCAACUACACGUUAGAAAAGGAAAAAAGAUAGAAAGAGGAAAAAAGGCGAAAAGUGGAGAAAGGAGAGGAGUAAGAGGGAUUGGAGAAGUCAUUAACCCCACCAGAAAUCGAGGAGUCGCAAAAGUUAUUAGACAACACCGUACUACAUAGUAGACGGUUCACACAGCCUAGCACCUAAGGAUAUAAUACUCACAUACAUGCAUGUAGAAGUUCAAUCCGCAUUGCUAAACCCCCAAACCGCCCCCUUUUCAAAGACCCCAAACCCACCCAUGGAUGGUUUGAGCCCCUUGUUGAGACGCCUGAUUUGUAGCUUAGCAUUUAACCAAAAUUUGUUAACUUGACUUGAAUCCGAAUAGGUUUUUUAAUGUGAUACGUUUGUGCUUGUUCCGAUUCCCAAAUUUCCCACAAUUUACCCGGAAAAACCAACCCAAUUCAGUAUUAUGAAAGCUCAAAGAAAACGAAAUUGUAGAAGGACAAAUCAAGAGAUUGCGAAUAAUUCGAAUAAAAUCACUUACUGUAAGACGCACAAAUCUAUUUAAGAACGUAUUAAUAUGUCUGUGUUUUUUUUGUCUACCAUAAUGGUAUAAGAUACGUAUAGAUAUAGACUCAUAGACUCCACUCACACAUACGACGAUGCGAUGCGAUCUAUGUUUUCAAUGCCAAAGAGUUCCAUUAUGUAGCCUAUGUUGUAAUUCUUGUUUCCUGUUGAGUUCGAGUUUUUUGAAUCUACUGACUCAUCCAUUGUAUAUUCAAAGUUAUAUGAAUGCCAAAAUCGAAAUCGAAAUCAAAACCAAAAACAAAAACUUAAGGGAAUACAAAAACAAACGAUAUAUAUAUAUAUAUAUAUAUAUAUAUACAUAUAUAUUAAAUUAGUUAUUUCAAUUUUUAUACUCGUACUAAAUUUUUAACUAGAAUUAACUGUAACUUUGUAUGCAUUUUCUUACAUGUAUUUAUUGUACGCCGACUCGAAAAACACUGCUCGAAAAAUCGCAUGUUCAGCGAAAAUGAAAAUUGAAAAUUGAAAAUCGAAAAUUGUAUUGUAUUUACAGCCGAUUGUAUUAGAAUUUAUUGAAACUAAGUAGUUAUGAUGAGCGAUCGAACUCAUUAGAGGAACUCCUAAUCCACGUAGAAUCGAAGGACAUUUUAUGCGAAAUUAAUAAAACUCAAAGAAAAUCGGACACAAAAAAAAAUCAAAAACAAAAACAAACUGAAAUAUUCAAGUUAUACCCGACAACCACUAUUUGUUCUUAUUAUUCAAGAAGAAAAAUCAAAAUAAACGUAAUAAUCGUAAUUGUGGGACUCACUUUUAAAUGCGUCUAAGAAAACUGCUUUCUAUUUCUGAACUUUUAAAUUUCAUAUUUAACUAUUUAAUGAUUUAAAUUCUUGUAUAUUUUCCAAAACAUAACCACCACACUUUUUGCUUUUCUAUUUCCAUUUUCCAAUUGUUUUAUAAACAAUAACAUUUCAACUGCAUCUUUGAAUUCAUAUAAUAUAAUAAUUCAUACAAUAUUUAUGGUUACGCAUUGGAUUGUUCAAAUAUUCCCUAGGAGUAUUUGCUUUAUUCGCAUAGUAAGUAAUUGCAAUUUCCACAUUUCUCUCCAUCAUUCACUGUUCUAUUCUAGCCUUUUUCAAAAAACCUACGCCCCCCCGUCUAGAAUCCACUUUCUAUUUCAUUUCAAAACCUUUUUCCAAAAAGAAAAUACUCAACCAAUACAACUUGACUAAGGAAACUAGGAAAAGCAAUUUGUAUUAAGUGUUACAAGUAUUUAUACGUAUUUACAAUAAUGGCUAUGAAGAUAUGAAGUUAAAACACACAAAGUAAAACUAGUCGUGAAUGUUCUGUGUUCCCCAAAAAAAACAUACAUAAAUUACCACCACCACCACCAGCAGCCCCUGUACACCCAAAAGAAAACUAUAUUGACUAUAAAAGAGCAGUAAAUAUGCAAUAAAUAUGAAUAAUAAAUUGAAACGUAAUUCGAUUACUAUGGAAAA